AUAAUAAAAGAGGAAGAAUAGUUGGCUAGUUUCUGGCGAUGUCGUUGGAGAAUUUCCCGAUCGUCGAAAGUGGAGUUGGCAACAAUGUACCGAAUUUAUGGUUUGAUGGAAUUGUGAAAAUAACACAUGUGUAUAAUUGCUGACAUGCCUCGGAGGAUACCGAAGAGCAAGAAACACAAGAAAAUUAAAUUUGUCGAUCCAGAUUCCAGGAGAAAAAUUGAAAGGAAACCAAAUGCUGUAAAUCUUCCUCCAAACGAAGAUCAAGAAAUUCCACGUAAAUUACGUGAGUUGAUUAGACUGAAGAAUCUUGUGAAAGAAAACAAGAUAAAAAAGAAGAGAAAGAAAAAGAAAAAGGGAGAUUACAUAACUGUUAAAAGUGAUAAAGAAAAAGAACAAGAAGGAAUGACAAAUCCAGUGAAAUAUAUACCAGAUAAAAUGAAACAGAGGGAAAAUGAAACAGAAGAGCAUUUCAUUUGGAGGAUUAAUCAACUAGCCAAUCAGUCACUUGUGGAGGCAGAAAUUGACCGAAAAUAUGGUGUUGAUGUUUUAGAAAAAAAUGAAAUAAUAAAGAAUGACAAAAAGUUAAAAAAUAAACAGUUGUAAGUA